GAAUGUAGUUGGUGAAACCAGCACCCAGCACUAUGGGAAGAGCUAUAGAAAGCUACCCUCCUACCGCAUAUGGGCUCGGGAGUUUAGUAUCCUUCCGUGUGUGCUGUGAGCUGGGCGCGUUGGUGCAUCGUCGGACUAAUAUAUUUCUCUUUCCGUUGAGUAUAAGAAACCUUGGUUGUCGCGACAAACAACAUGGCUUCAAUCAAUAGCAACGUGUCAGAAUCGGCAACUCCUGUCGAGUUUGUUCGUCCCGAUUUACCCAGCCGUUGCACGUGGCAUCGCAACGCAGACCCUGCCACUUCGCCGCACACCCUCAAACCUCCACAGCCGCGAAAGAAAAUUAUGACAACAAUUUUGGACAACAUUGGAAAUACCCCACUUGUUCAAUUGAAUUCUAUACCAAAAAGCUGCGGUUUGAAGUGCGAAAUUCUUGCGAAAUGCGAAUUUUUCAACGCUGGUGGAAGCGUUAAGGAUCGUAUUGGAUUGAGGAUGGUAGAAGAUGCCGAAAAAGCUGGUAAAAUUAAACCCGGAGACGUGCUUAUCGAACCAACUUCAGGAAACACUGGCAUCGGAAUCGCAUUGGCAGCCGCUGUGAAAGGUUAUCGUUGCAUCAUUGUCCUACCGGAAAAAAUGUCCAACGAAAAGGUUGAUACCUUGAAAGCACUUGGAGCCGAAAUUGUGCGAACACCAACGUCUGCGACUUUUGACUCACCUGAAAGUCACAUUUCGGUGGCCCAGCGACUCAAUCGCGAUAUCCCAAAUUCUAUGAUUCUAGAUCAGUACCGUAACCCUGGCAAUCCUUUGGCUCACUACGACAUCACGGCCGAAGAAAUUAUUGAUCAAUGCGAUGGCAAAUUAGAUAUGAUUGUCUUGUCAGCGGGAACUGGAGGAACGGCUACAGGCAUUGGUCGAAAGAUUAAAGAGAAACUUCCGAAUUGUAUUGUAGUCGGCGUCGAUCCGGAGGGUUCCAUCUUAGCUGAACCAGAAGAAAUUAAUAAAACCGAUAAUUCCGGAUUUUACGAAGUGGAAGGCAUAGGAUAUGACUUUAUUCCUACUGUUCUUGAUCGCUCAGUAGUUGACAAAUGGUUCAAAUCUAACGAUAAGGAUUCAUUGACCAUGUCGAGAAAGCUCAUUCGAGAAGAAGGUCUUCUGUGCGGUGGCAGCUGUGGAGCGGCUAUGUCAGCUGCUGUAAAAGCUGCGCAAGAGCUUAAAGAAGGACAACGAUGCGUCGUCCUUCUUCCCGAUGGAUUGAGGAACUACAUGAGCAAAUUCCUUUCUGAUCAGUGGAUGAUGGAACGCGACUUGCUUGACAGCUCAGGAGAUGUUUCUGAGAAUCAUUGGUGGUCCAACUUGUUGGUGUCUGCUCUUAAUUUACAAGCUCCGCUGUCAAUUGUUCCUUCGGUUACAUGCCAGGAAGCCAUAGACAUCAUGAAAAAGGAAGGAUUUGAUCAACUCCCCGUUGUAGACAAAGAAGGAUCAAUUAAAGGAAUGGUAACGCUUGGGUCUUUAAUGACUCGAUUGCUGGCUAAAAAAGCUGAUCCAAAAACACCAGUGGAAGAUGUACUUUAUGGUCAAUUUAAACGAGUCACGCUCAACACUCCGCUUGCCAAGGUUUCAAGGAUUCUCGAUCGCGACCAUUAUUGUCUGGUCGUUCACAAUCAACGUCUCUCAGAUACCAGUGACACUGUUGAAGAACGUACCGUGGUUGUUGGCAUUGUUACCCAGAUCGAUCUUCUAAACUAUAUUACCAACCAUAUCCAGAUUUAAGGAAUUAAUCCAAAGACCAAAGGAAAAAUGCGGCUAUAUUUAAUCGCAUAAAGUCUAAUAGAUUCCGGACCAUUUAUUAGUUUAAACGGUUGUUAAUCUGUGUUUCAUCCAUGAAUGCAAUUUUCAGACGGCAAGAGGAAACUGGGAAUAAAAUUUGGAUUCAUUCAA